AUGGCACAACAUUCCGAUAUUGCGCGGUCGGCAAUCAUCUCGUCCGCCACUUCGCCAAAUCCUGCAACAAUGGGGGACCAGAGAAAUAUGAAUCCCCGCUCAAAUGGAGUCAGUUCAAUUGGAAACGGAAUUGGCUCGGGAAAAGAAGGAGCUUUAAUGCCUCCCCCGAAAACUGUGGUUGGAAGAGCGCUAGGUAAUGACUUGCAUUCCGAUGUCCACAAGGCCUCACAGGCGCCCAAGGGCGGAGUCGGGACCGCCUUGACUGACACUCCGAUUUCUACCGCACCCCUGUCCCCACAGAUCGUUGGUCGCACUCAACCCGGUACCCCUGGUAGUGCACGUGUGCGAGCUACCACUCUUGAUAUCCCCGGUCUUACUAAGUCAAAGGUCUCCCCGGAUGGCCGUAUUGCCCAGCGAGAUGUGGGUGCAAAAUUGGUUAUUGUUAUGGUCGGCCUUCCGGCCCGAGGCAAGAGUUACAUCACUAAGAAACUUGCCCGUUACCUGAACUGGCUUCAGCAUGAUACUCAAAUCUUCAAUGUUGGUGAACGUCGCCGUGUCGCAGCUGGCAAGUCCCCAUCGCCUGCUCCCACCAAGGGUCAACUUAAAGGUCCAAAGGGUGUUCACAGAGACCUUCUGGACUCUGUGCGCCGACUGAGUGUUAGUGUUGGAAGUCAGAACAAAGGUGAAACCUCUCCACCCGAUGAGGCGCCUCUUCCUCCGCCCGUGGUUCCCGCUAAGAUUCUUGUGAAUGGUCAAGAGCCUGAUGCAUCAACCUCAACAAAUGGAAGCACUGUAGUGCCGUCUAUUGAUGCUGGCCCUGGCAAGUCGAUCCCGGAUGCAGAGGCCAUCACUGAAGCUUCGCCCGAACCCAUGGACCAGACUGCCAAUUUCUUCGACCCUCAGAAUCAGCGCGCUGUUAAGCUCCGUGAGCAGGUCGCUCUCGACACUCUUGAUGAGUUGCUUGACUACAUCCUGGAUGAAGGUGGUAGUGUUGGUAUUCUCGAUGCGACAAACAGUACCAUGGAACGACGCAAGGCUGUUGUCGACCAUAUUCGCAACCGUGCUGGCCCUGAACUGAACAUUCUGUUCCUCGAAUCCAGCUGUGUGGAUCAAUCCCUGCUGGAAGCCAAUAUGCGCCUGAAGCUCUCCGGACCCGACUACCGCGGCCAAGACCCUGUCAAAGCACUGGCAGAUUUCAAGCGACGUGUGGCCCUUUACGAAAAGUCCUAUGUGCCCCUCGGCGAAUAUGAGGAGAAGAUGGGCAUGGCUUUCAUUCAGAUGAUUGAUGUUGGUCGCAAGGUCGUCGCACACCAAACACAUGGUUUCCUGUCUUCUCAGGUUGUCUACUACCUGCUUAACUUCAAUCUCUCCCCUCGUCAAAUCUGGAUCACUCGACAUGGAGAAAGCCAGGAUGACCAGGCUGGCCGCAUUGGUGGAGAUUCCGACCUGAGUGAGAAUGGCAAGCGCUAUGCCAAGGCACUGACCACCUUCAUUGACCACCAGCGAGAGAAGUGGGAGCUGUAUCAGCGCCAGAAGGACCUAAUCAGACAUUUCCCUCCCCGUCCUGGUGACAGCACCCCACCCAAUCCCUCUUACAUUCCCAGCGAUCGCCCCCGCAACUUCUGUGUGUGGUCAUCCAUGAUGAAGCGUGCCGUUCAGACAGUCGACCACUUCAACGAGGAUGAGUACGAUGUUAAGCAAAUGCGAAUGCUUGACGAACUCAACUCGGGUAGAAUGGAAGGCAUGACCUACAAGGAGAUCCAGGACCAGUACCCUGAUGAGUACGCUCACCGCAAGAAGAACAAGCUCUUCUACCGCUACCCCGGACCAGGUGGCGAAGGUUACUUGGAUAUCAUCAACCGCACCCGCGCUGUCAUUGUCGAAGUGGAGCGCACCACUGAUCACGUUCUGCUGGUCAGCCAUCGGUCUACCGCUCGUGUCCUCCUGUCAUACUUCCAAGGCCUCAAGCGUGACGAGGUCGCCAAUCUGGAUGUCGAAAUGGGUGUCGUCUACAUGCUCGAGCCCAAGCCUUAUGGAGUUGACUUCAAGGCGUACCGAUACAACCCUGACAAGGAUUGGUUUGAGGAGGUGCCCAACUACCAGCUCAAGCAAGUGAGCACCCAUGAACGGUCAGCAAGUAUUGUCGCAUAA